AUUUCCUGUCAAAACAAAACCACGUGUGCGGGCAGAAAGCGCGUGGAUGUCAGAUUGUCCUCUUCUCAUCGACUUUCCUUCAUUUACAGAAGAAUUAUAUCGAAAUCUCACCCUUUUUCCUCCUCUUCUGGCGCAGCGUGUUAGAGAAAGGUUGCAAUAGGAGAUGAGUUUUGCAGAGUACUCGGAGUGCAUAGCUGAGGGAGAUGUGGCCAUUAUUUACCUGAGCCACGACGCCAUGAUGCCCGUGAAGGUCCAGAAAGGAGCCCAGACUCAGACCAGAUACGGCGUGAUCCGCCACUCCCAGGACCUAAUCGGGCACAAGUACGGAUCCAAGGUGAGCUGCAGUAAAGGCUGGGUGCACGUGCUCCACCCGACCCCAGAGCUGUGGACAGUGUCUCUGCCUCAUCGCACUCAGAUCCUCUACACCACAGACAUCUCCAUGAUCACCAUGAUGCUGGAGCUGAAGCCCGGAGCCAUCGUCUGCGAGUCCGGUACGGGCAGCGGCUCUCUGUCUCACGCCAUCAUCCGCUCCAUCGCGCCGUCGGGGCACCUCCACACGGUCGAGUUCCACCAGCAGAGGGCGCUGAAGGUGCAGGAGGAGUUCAAUGAGCACCGCGUGGGUCACAUGGUCACCGUGAGGAACCAGGACGUGUGCAAAGACGGGUUUGGGGUGAGCGGAGUCGCAGACGCCGUGUUUCUGGACAUUCCGUCGCCGUGGGACGCAGUGGGACACGCCAAGAACGCUCUCAAGAGACAAGGUGGUCGGGCGUGUUCCUUCUCUCCGUGCAUUGAGCAGGUGCAGAGGACGUGCGCCGCUUUCUCGGACCACGGUUUUUCGGAGCUCUGUACCGUAGAGAUCCUCCUCCAAGUCCACGACGUCCGGACCGUCUCUCUGCCCCUCCCGGACUUUGGACCCAACCCGGAUCUAAACCAGGACCAGAACCAAGACCAGAACCACAACCAGAACCAGUCUGGUCCGGGUGCAGUGACCAUCAAAACGACCACAGCUCCCAGAGAGAUUCCUGGACACACUGGUUUUCUCACAUUUGCCACUAAACCAAGAACUUAAGAGGAAAAAAUGACUAAGAAAAUAUUUUAGUAUUUUUUAGUUUAAAUAUUUUGUGUUUCACUUGAAUAAAGGCAAAUGGGAAGAGCAGGAAAAUACUGAACCAGACUCUGUGUGUGUGUUAGGAUUUUGCAGUUUUAUAUUGAUUUAAUGUUCAAAUCGUGAACUUAAACAUUAUUUGUAGUGAAAAGCCUUUUUUUUUUUUUUUACAGUUUAUCUUAUUGUCGUACUUAUUACCACUACAUAGUGCAGAAUUGCUCUCAUGUUAAUGUAUAUUCCACCAAAUAUCAACAGUUUUUUGUAAUUUUUUAUUCUUAUUUGGAAUAUUAAAAGAAUUAUGGUGCCUUUUA